CAACAGAUUCAAAGUAGCAUCUGGGAUGGCCGCGACGGCAGAUUCAGUUCCGGCGACUGCAGAUAGCCAGCAGCGGUGCAGCGGUUCGUCGCCGUCGUUUGGAGCAACGACGGCUAUAGAUACUAGCGGUUCGGCAGUGCAGAUCCGGCGAUGGCUAUGGACAGUGAAGAAGAUCCGGCGACGGUUAUGGACGGUGCAGUGGUUUGGCAGCGGCGAGCAGUGGUUCGGUAGCAUCGUCGUCGUUUAUGGACAGCAACAGGCGGAUCUGCAGAUCGUCGGAAGAUCGCCGGCAGCGUUGUCGUUUAGGGACGAUUUCUCGCAACAUUACAACAAAUGAAAUGGCGAAUGCAAUGCGAUAUAGCUACCUUAGAGGAGCAGGUGGUCAGUUCCGGAAUCCAUAUGAUCAUGGGUUGAAGAAGAACUGUUCAGAUUUUUUGAUCAAUGGGUACAAUGAAGACGUGGAGUAUAAUGAAGAAUCAGCAGCUCAAUCUGAGGAGGGGAUUGGAAUGAUGCGUAUGGCUAGGAAUUCAACCGAAUUCAACCCUGCAAAAUGGAGUUGGCCAUUCUCGUCAAACCAAUGGAAAUAGCCAUGUGGUCAUCAAUGUGAAUAACACCACCACAAAAACCCAUCAAGGUCAUGUUCAUUCUUCCAACUGUAGCCAUAAUAACAAUCAUGGCAGAUCCGAUUCUGUUCCUAUAGGCUUGGGUCUUGGCUUGGGACGGAAUACUAGUCAUUCUGUGGUGGCUUCAUGAUAUAACACUUGUGCUUGUAGUGGUUGGAAUUGGUGCCAUGUUUUGUAUCAGUAACUGUGUGUAAGCAUACAGCAGGUUUAGCUUUUAUAAUUCAAUUGAUCAUUGUUUAGUUGUGUGGUGCA